CAGGGGUUUAGAACAAUAUUAAGGUUUUGAACAUUUUGAAAGUAGUAACACAACGACUGUUCCGCAGUAUCUUAUUCAUUGUAUUCACAGCAAGGAACAAAUGCUUCAAGUAUCUGAACACGACGCAACUCUUCAAGUAUCACACAAAGGCAUUAAAAAAGUUAAGUCCUGGUAAGUUGAAAUCCACCUUGCUCCUGGAUUCAUUCAUUGUUUCACCAAGGAACAUCAUAACUGACAGUCAAAGACAAGGUCCCAUAUUGAGAUGACAAAAAUGCUCGAAACGGAUCUAAGUCCCGUUAUCGCAAUGUCGCGUAAACAUCCAAUGGACGACCGGCACGCGCCUUCGUCGUCUGAUGCUGUGCGGUUUCGUGCUAUACGUGGAGCUCUAUACGCUGUCGGAAAUGCUAUCGACGAAGCUGCUGCGCGUUUCGCGCCUGAAGUGGCGCUAUCUCAACGACAGAAUCGCGAGAAGCGCGACGGCGAGCGUUUUCACCUCACGGUGAUUUCCAGCGUAGAGAUUCCUAUCCCGAUUCAUGGCACACCCUGUCCCGAGCUUGUCUCCAUGCUGGAGCAGGAAGUGGCGAAGCCGUACAAAAAGAAAAAUGAAGGAGUGCACGAUGAGGCUUCGUCUGCCUUGGAGGACAGCAGUUCUGCCACUACUCAUGAGACACAAAUUUUGAGUAUUGACGCGGAGCCGUACUUACAAUUUGACGCGGACGCGUUCUUUCCGAUCGGACUAGGGCGCGUCGGGGAGUGCAGCUUCGUUGUGGUGUCUUUUCCAAGAGCACAAGCGUUCCGUGAAUACUUUGGAUUGCCGAAAAAAGAUUUCCAUAUUACUUUGGGUUUCGGUGCCCGCGGCGAUCUGCAUGAUGUGCCGAAGAACCUUCAUACCCUAGUCCACGGCUCGGCGGGGGUGAAAAUCAACAGAGCUCCAAGUAUCUUUUCUCUGUUAAGGAGUUAUCCGUGAUCAAUUUUUCUUUUGUACAACUCGUUUUUGCUGGUGGAUUGUGAUAAACAUUUUCAAUCAACAUGUCUAUGGUAAAGAUAGCGGCUAUGUGCGAGAAAUGAUGACCUCCCUUCUCUACGGAGGAUUUUCUCUGAACUCAUUCCGGGUUAUGAGAACUCACUGAUCGUCUGCAGUUCUGAUCGCACCGGCCCGAUUAAAUAUCUCUACAGUCGCAGUUACUUAAGUGUUUUUUCGUCAAGAAGGUACAGCAAGUUAUUUCGUACAUCAGCAGGUCUGAUCCCUGAGCGAAUGUUAGCUUUGGCUGCGCAACGCGGUGUCUCCGAGAGUAUUUCCAGCGAUCUGGUGGCCGCAGUGAACGCUCUUCUCAAUAUGCAGGAAGAAACUACAAGUACUGACGUUGCGGAAUCAAAAAAUGAGAUCUCGGCUACAGCUGCAACAAGUAGUCUAGCGCCGCAUUGUCGAAGGCUCCGUGCGCUGUUCCACCACACCGCUGCAAAACUGGCGGGGAGACUACAUCGCUACCCCGAAGUACUCCAGCACGCAGAACAAGUUCUGGAGAUUCGUAGCACUGAUGCGGAGGCGAUCGAACUGAAGGCAUUUGCCCUCUUUCGCGUCAGUGGCGCAAAGCCGUGUCUUGAAUUCGUGGAAGAGGAGUUGGAAAAAAUGUCUCUCGGGCAUAGAGCUGGAGAAACGCUCCAGAAGCUGAAGACAAUGUGCGAAAAGAAAUUACAAUCUUCGAGCAGCGCUGGACAAGCGGACAUCCCAACUGACUUCCUUGCGAAAAAAUAUCCUCGCACUGUGCAUUUGAAGAAUUUGGGUGCCGCGACCGAUGACGACAUCGUUGCAAAGCAGCAGGACGAGGCUCUGUUCGUGCGAAACGGGGAAGUGUAUUUGGAGGAGAAAAUUGAUGGUGCGAAUAUUGGCUUUUCUCUACAGGACUGGCAAAUACGAAUCCAAAAUCGAGGACAUCAAGUUUGCAGUACGACCAGUGCUCAGUUUGCCACUAUCGACACGUGGGUGGACGAGCACCGAGACGCUCUGUUUUCUUUGCUUGGAAAUCAUAACAGCACCAAAAAUGGUGCUGAGCAGAACAAUGGCAACUCACCUUACGUCCUUUAUGGCGAGUGGUGCUACUUGAAGCAUUCAGUUCACUAUCGGCGCAUGCCGGGACACUUUGUCGCCUUCGACCUGUGGGACGGAACCAAGUUUCUUAGCCGAAAACGUUUUCACGCGGCUUUGCAGGGGACAGGGAUUCCCGCGGUGCCCGUGGUGUUCAAGGGCGAGCUUUCAAGUAUUCGCUACGUGCUCGAAACCUUUAUGGGCGUGGGCAACAACGCGCCGUGCCUGUCGCGUUUCGCGCCAGGGGAGGACGCCGUUCCCAUUGAGGGACUGAUGCUUCGCAAGGACGACGAUAAAUGUGGCUGCUUAAAGCACCGUAUGAAGAUGGUACGGAGCGAAUUUCAACAGGGUAUCACGCAGUUCUGGACACGUGGCAAAAGCGUCAAACAGAUGAUCGACUUCGAGUUUCAGGCAGAGUGGUUAGCUACUUGUUACUCUGAAGCCGACCUGUUGCCACUAGAAGCGGAAACUGAAGAUGAUCUUCCGGCCGAGGGCGAAGAAGAGAGGCAAGAACAAAGGGUUUUCGGUGUACUUGAGAAUGGUGCCGUUCCAAAACAUGAAACGGAGGAAAAAAGCGAGCAAGUGGAUGCAGCAAGCAGCGCAGCGAGUGCUGAAAAAAUCGCAAUGAAGACGAACAAGUCCGACGUACAUCCACCCAGGAACAAAAAAAAAGAGGAACACUCCGCUUUCAAUGGAGCCCCGCUGAAUCCGCGUGCACGCGUCGACUCACCGUUUUUGAAUGUUCAUAUGAUGCGAAACUUUUCCCAACUUUACCCAGGAGUUUUGGUUGGCUCAACUCCUUACACCCGCGCACACAUCGACGCGCUGCGACACGACUAUGACGUACAGCUUGUUAUCACACUUACAGAGGAAACGCCCUUGCCAGAAAAAUGGUUCGCAGAAGGUGUCAGCACGCUACUGCCAGACGGAAAUGAAGUGCCGGGUAUAUGCGUACCCGAAGAUGAGUCGUCAGAGAUGGCCCAGAUAGUGGGCGCGGCCUGCUCGUCCUCCUCCUCCUCGAGCCGACAGCCAAGCCGCUUCGCGCCGCUCCAACGGGAAACCGCUAAUGGGACGCAGAGUAAAGGGAAGGGCGCGGGAAAGGCUGAGAAAAAGGCAGUGCACGCUAAUGGCAGAGACGGCAAAAAUCCAAAGGGUGGAGUGACUUUGUUGAUCGAAGGAGAGGACGGAAACGACAAGCAACUCGGCGUUGCUGCAACGAACCUCUAUGUGCCGACACCGAACUACUUCCCGUCUUCAACAGAGCAAAUCGACGGGUGUCUCGAACGCAUUCAGGCGAUCGUUGCCAGUGGGAUGAAUGUGUUUUUACACUGCGGCGGUGGCAAGGGUCGCGCAGGCACGUUGGCAGCGUGUUGCAUGUUGCGCUUUGGCCUUACUGGACAGCAACUUAGAACUGGCGCCGCGUCAAAGUCCUUUGCUUUCCCGGAGUCUGCUGAAGCGGUGCGUCUGCUGCGAGCGCAGCGACCGGGAAGCAUCGAGACUGACCAACAGGAGCGUUUCGUCCGCAGUUAUGCGCAGCACUUAUGGGCGAUACUUCCGGAAGAUGAUCAUGUUGGCGCGGAUCAUGAUGAAGAAGCGCAUACAAAGGAAAGUGGACUGCAUGAUGGUGCUGCAACCACAGACGCAUUGCCCGCCGUGACAUCAUUGAAGAAAUGGAAACCAUCGGCGUUGCAGCGAACGAAAUCCCUUCAGAAGGAAGAAGAGGACAGCUUGUUGGCGGAUCUUGAAGCAUUGUCUGGAGAGACACAAGGGAAGUAUCCCAGCACACCGUACUUGCCGUUUUCGCCGUCGCUCGGAGAUAGCACAGACACUGCGUUAUCGCAUGCACAGGCGGCGAAGUUCUUGCGUAUUUUUAUUGAAGAUUCCAAGAGUUCGAAGGGCGCUGUAACUUCCACGCCCCAGCAGAAUAGAGAUGUGGACGCGAGCAUACAGGAGAUCAUUAUCACUGAAAAACUGGACGGAGGCAACUGUUGCAUCAAGGAUGGCGGAAGAGUGUUCGCGAGAACACACGCGGCACCGGCAUCCCAUGAGAGCUUCGAUCCCAUCCGCAGCAUGCUACGAACGACUCUCAUCGAAUGUGGCGGUGGUGCCAAGAGCGCGUCAUCGAGCAGUGAUAAAGCCAAGGUCUUCAUGAAGCCGCUUUUGAGCGUGCUGCAACGGGAAUGCCCCGCCUCUUUGGAGCUCUAUGGCGAGAACCUGUGUGCGCGUCACUCGAUUGAGUACACGGGCGGUGUGUGUUUUCCGUUCUAUCUAUUUGCUGUGCGGCUCCACGGUGUGUGGCUCAGCUGGGAAAAAACAGAACAGAUUGCACGCAAACUGCGCUUACCGCUUGUCCCUGUGCGCUAUCGCGGUCCUGCGCUCGGUCUCAACGAAUUAGAGCGCCGCAUGCGGGUAUGGGCAGCCGAAGAGAGCCUCUUAGUUCAGGAAGCGAAGUCCAUGUUUUGUAGCGGUGAGGAUAGAACAAAGCGAGAUGUCGACUCCUCGCUGAAAUUUAAAACAACUACAGCAGAUGCAAAGUUGAACAUAGAAAACGAAAACGAAAAAAUAAGCGCUACUGGUGAUAUUACUGGUGGCAAGAAUACAAAAGGUGUGCAGGAGGUAAAAGCCGCGGCGAGUAGAAAUAUCCUUCCCGAAGGAUUUGUUGUGCGUUCGGCUGGGGAGACUGCAGACCUUUCAAGCGCUAUGGCGAAGUAUGUAAGAGCCAAUCAUAUCCAGACUGGUCCGGACUACUAUCGGAGGGGCAGGUGGAACCGCCAGCAAGUGUUGGUCGAGAGUGUAACUGACUUCGAGGACCAGACAGGCCGUUCGUAUGAGCCUUACACGGCAGCUCGAUCUGAAAACACGGGAAAUGAAGAAGAAGGAAGCGCUGCAUCAGCCGCGCGAAUAAGUUGCAGCAACGCACAACACGCACCUGGUGCGGACGCGAUGAUCUCAGCAGGCCAUGUGCAAGAAGCGGGUGGUCAGAGACAAGAGCCAACGCCCGCAAGAACUCUUGCGGAGCGUGGGAAAAGUAAUAUUCCAUACGACAUACUUGUCCUUGUUGGACUGCCCGGAUCGGGCAAAAGUACUUUCGUGCACCGAUUACGCCAGUGCGCUGCUAGCACCGGCGAUUUGAAUGUUCGCGUUCUUUGUCAAGAUGAGCUAGGCCGUGCCGCGCUGGAAAAUGCAGUCGGUGCUGCAUUCAAGGAAGUCGACAGCAGCAAGAAAAGUGCAAGAGGUACGACCUCCGCGCUCGGGGGAAACAAGAAAGGUCUAUUGGUGAUAGACCGCUGCAACCAGCUGGUAGCGGAUCGCACGCGUCUGCUAGAUCUGUGUUUUCGGCCGCAGCGCGCAGCGUGUUUGCAUUUCGAAGCAAGCGCCGAGGAGUGCACACGCCGGGUAGCACGACGGUUAGAUCACCCCACCGUUCCUUUCGGACGAGGAGCCACGGUAGUGGCGUCCUUCGCGCGGCGUGGCUUUGAACCUGUAAAUGCACAAAAAGAGGGCUUUGCAGCAGCGUUCACACUGCAGACCGAAGCCGACGUGGACCCAUUACUCAGGAAAUGGUUCAAUUCCAGCAAUAGUUCGUCCAGUUAUAAGCCGACAUUAGUCGGCACUGAUAAAAACUCUACCCUGCACGAAUCUCGGAAGACGGACGCACUUCGAAAUAUCUUGCAGGACACAGCGCUGACGCAUAUCACGGGAGCUUGGCCUCCUUCCGAAGCGUACUGGGUCGCGGAAGAGAACACGCUAGUAUACGUUCACGUUCACUCUGCACUGUCCGACAGCUUUCCGCGUGAAGGGCGUUGCACGCUUGGUUCGCUCGACAGGCCACUUUCUGCGACUGGGGUCGCAACAAACAUUGGUGGUGGGAGUGCUGGAAAGCUUGACGAUGAGAAACCACUACGCUUUGCAAAAGAUGCAGUAGGGGUAAAGGUGCUGUUUUUUGAUGAGUAUACGUGGCUUGAUUCAGAAAGACGCGAGCAAGUUGCAUAUGCGGGGUUGCUUGAUCUUGCGCCUUUGUGGCUUUCCAAUCGCGAAGUUGCUUGA